AUGGAAGCUGCCGGACUGCGGCGGUUCCUGGCCGAGAUGCAGGGGGAAGCGAACUCGACGGUGGACGGCGCGCAGGGCCUCAUCGAUGGGCUCAAGCACGCACACUUGUUUCAUAGACGGGGGGGUGAAUCUGGAGGCGUUCUUCAAAAUCCCAAUGGCCGUAUCAAGUUGAAACAGCCUCCGACCAUGUUCAAGGCGUACGCCGUGGAGAUUCUUCAGCCGGCGAGAGACAACUUCAAUUACGAUGUAGGCACGACAUUGAAAGAUGCAGAGCGGGGGUCUCCAAUGGGCGAGAAGUUCACCGAAACUGGUAUUGUUGUGAUUCGUUUCUUAGGAGAGGAACUCAACCACCGUUGGUGGCCAAAAAAGACGGUGGAGGCUUGA